AGGGAAACUUGCUCAAAUGUAGCUCUUCACUCACUCUCUCUCUCUCUCUCUCCUAUACAGGAGGGAAAAUUUGGUAAAAAAGAGAGAUCUUCCGGAUCGCUUCGUCGAAGCGUAUCCGAGAGGAGAGAGAGAAGGCGGUGUAUUGGAUUUGGAUUCGUGAGUUGACACACGCACACUCUCUCCUGACCCCCGUUUUUCACAUCCAUCGGCCCUUCGCCAUUUCAGGGUCCAAGCUUGAUCCGCAAUUCUCUCCCUCUCUUUCUCUCGCUAUCUCCCUCCUUACUUGCCUCUCUCGCCUCACAUUCCGAAGCAAAACCCACUUGGAGAAGACAUUUUUUGGUUUUCUAGAUAUUUCCCAUUUGGGAUUUUCCUCCGUGGGCAUCGAUCAAAAAGCUUCGAAGCUCGUACGUUUGAUUCCCACCCCUGUUCUUGUUUUCGAGGCGUUGGGGAUUUCUCAGCAUAAGAGGAGAGGAGCGACGGUCAUUUACCACCUCGAAAUUAUUUUGGCUUGCAAAUAAGGACGGGGCAAAACUUGGGUUGAUUUUCUGGAUCAGGAUUUUUCCUAAUUCAUAUUUGCCUUAGGAUUAAGCAUUUUUUGUUGUCACAUCGAAGCAAUUCACCGAAGGAAAGUUACAGAAAUUGACAGGAAAUAAGCAUCGUUUGGUUUCUUUUGGGAAUGCUGAUCAAUGACAGUCUCAAUUGUGGAAAAGGGGGGUUUCUCUCCGAACCUGUACUUUGAUUUGACGAAAAGGGCAACUUUGAAGUGGGAUAAUGGGUUGCAUUUGCUCCAAAGGAAUUCUUCCCGGCCAUUACAAGAUUAGAGACAGGGGUUCGAAGGUUAGCAAAUCUCCAAAAAGGUCUGGUGCAUCCUCAAGGAGAGACGAACUGGCGGUUACAGCCAAUGGCGGAGGCAACGACGUUGCAGAUCGACUGAUACCAAGCCCACAUGAGGUCGAGACUGUAGUGGAGGAUAGGAAAGGUGAUGAUUUCAAUGAGAAACCGUCGAAACCCCUUCAAAGACGAGCGACAAUGGACGUUGCAAGUGGGGGACGCACACAAAUACAGUCGAAAGUGGGUAAAGUAGGUAGCUUUCCCCUCGGCGAGAGCGGAGCACAAGUGGCAGCCGGAUGGCCUUCUUGGCUGACAGCAGUGGCCGGAGAAGCUAUUAACGGAUGGGUGCCUCGAAGGGCCGAUUCAUUUGAGAAGCUGGAAAAGAUUGGGCAAGGUACUUACAGCAGUGUAUAUAGAGCACGCGACCUGGAAACGGAUACAAUUGUAGCCUUGAAAAAGGUUCGAUUUGCUAAUAUGGACCCAGAGAGUGUUCGAUUCAUGGCAAGGGAGAUAAUUAUCAUGCGGAAGCUUGACCAUCCAAAUGUCAUGAAGCUGGAGGGUUUGAUAACUUCAAGGGUUUCUGGCAGUCUGUAUCUUGUGUUUGAAUAUAUGGACCAUGAUCUUGCAGGCCUAGCUGCCAGUCCUAGUAUAAAGUUCACCGAACCUCAGAUCAAAUGUUACAUGCGACAGCUACUUUGUGGACUUGAAUACUGCCACAGCCAUGGUGUUCUACACCGUGACAUAAAAGGCUCUAACUUAUUAGUCGACAAUAACGGCAAUCUCAAGAUUGGAGAUUUUGGAUUAGCAACUUUUUUCCGGACCAAUCAAAAGCAGCCUCUAACAAGUCGCGUAGUCACUCUCUGGUACCGACCUCCUGAGCUGUUGCUUGGUUCUUCAGAUUAUGGAGUUGCUGUGGAUUUGUGGAGUUCUGGUUGCAUCCUAGCUGAAUUGUUUGCUGGGAAGCCCAUAAUGCCUGGAAGAACAGAGGUGGAGCAAUUGCACAAAAUUUUCAAACUUUGUGGGUCUCCUUCAGAAGAAUAUUGGAAGAAGUCAAAAUUGCCACAUGCAACCAUUUUCAAGCCUCAGCAACCUUACAAGCGCUGUCUCCUGGAGACAUUUAAGGAUUUUCCUUCAUCCGCAUUGGCCCUGUUAGAUGUUCUUCUCACAGUUGAACCAGAACGCCGUGGAACGGCUUCUUCAGCCCUUCGAAAUGAGUUCUUCACAUCCAAUCCUCUUCCGUGUGAUCCGUCAAGUUUGCCAAAGUAUCCAUCAAGCAAGGAGUACGGUGCCAGACUUCGAGAUGAGGAAGCCAGAAAGGGUAAAGCUACUGCUGGUAAAGCUCGUGCUCUUGAAGCAAUUAUAAAGGGUUCGAAAGAGCCUAAAGUUGUGCCUAUGUCAAAUGCCAAUGCUGAUUUGAAGGCAUCCGUUCAGAAGCGGCAACGGCAAUCGAAUCCCCAAAGUACCAGUGAGAAACCAGGAGGAAUGACCCAGAACAAUUUCACUAUAUCUAGACAAUCAGCACAACCCAGUCUUGAUGGAUCAACACAAAUUGCAAAUGCAAAUGAGGGUGAGGCUUUGAUUGUGCCAGACCAAGAACUUGAUUCUUCAAGUGGUGGUGCCGAGUUGACAAGGCAGAGAUCUUUCAUACAUAGAAGAGCAUCACAGUUAUCCAGGUUUUCUAAUUCUGUUGCGGUAGGAGAUGAUACGCAUCUCGAUUGUAGUAGGGAGACAGGUGCUAACGCCCAAUGGAGGGACGAGGCUAUUGUUGCCAGGUGUAAUCAUCUAGAUGGUGGUGAAUCAUCGCGAAAGCAUGACUGGUCACAUCAUUUGCUAUAUAGGCCGAUAUCUUUGUUUAAGAAGGGUGGAGAGCACUCCCGGAGGGAGUCCAUUGUGAAUUAUUCUCCCAAAAAGAGCCGAAUCCACUAUUCUGGACCUUUGCUUCCCUCGGGAGGUAACCUUGAUGAAAUGCUCAAGGAGCACGAGCGGCAAAUACAAAAUGCCGUACGGAAAGCUCGCCUCGAUAAGGUCAAGACGAAGAGAGAGUAUGCUGAUCACGGGCAGACGGAGUCACUUCUCUAUUGGGCAAAUGGUAGGUGAUGAUAAGGACUAAUUGCAUUUUUCUCUUGAAGCAAUGACGCCCAUGGGAUGGCAACGAUGACUGUAGGAAGCGCAGAAUUCCUAUCCAGAAAUGGUAAAAGAUAUGAUUUACACAAGCAUUUUGUGUGGGAGCAUCGAUUGAUUGUACGCCACCAAGUACUUAUUCUAACCACUUGAAGACGCUCCUCGUGCUGUAUCAAAUCUGAAGCAAUCUGAUUUGGUAAAAUUAAGUGGCGGUCUUGUUUGGUGCUUCAACAAUGGAAAGGGCUGUAUAUUGUCAGUGCUUGCUCUUAUUGUUGGAAGCAGUCUCUGUACAGUGAUGACCCAUCUCUAUCUCUUCAUUGAUUGUCCCUUGAUUAUGGAAAGGUUACUACAUAAUUCGAAUAAAAUGGCUGAAAUCUGGUAA